UUGUGCAAUUUGAUUAAAUCAACCAGAAUCCAGCACAGUCAGUGUACACACAGGCAGGCGAAGCGUCGGCGUCUGGUUCAAAUCAAAAUCAAACGAAAUAUCGUUAGUGCAAAUUGCACAAAAAUUUGUGUGCGUGUGAUUGUGAUAGUGUGUCGUCUCGUGAAAUACUGUGAAAGCUAAACUAAAUAAUGCUUAAAAUACAAUUUACAUAAAGUGCCAACAAGCUGAAUGUGUCGGAACACAAACAAAUAGCAAACAGCAGCAAAUCAAAAGAUCGAAAGAACAGAGAAGACUCUCCACAGAGCGGACAGACAGAGCUUCCAAUGGGUCAUCACUUCAGCAAGCCAACUGUACGCGUUGCCAGUCAGGACAAGAACAACUCCAGCAAUACCCAACAGAAGAGACUCGAGGAAGUGGAAGUGGAAGACGAAGCAAUCAGCCUGGCAGAGGAACAGCCCCAGCAGGUGCAACUAGUGGAGGAAAUCGUAGCACAAACGGACGCCGCCAGCUCGGAAGUGCGUCAAAUCAUAAUCAAAAUUCAAUUGGCCAAAAUGGAGAAUGGCAAUGGUGGUCAGGUGCUCCACGAGGAGGAGGAGGUGCAAGGUAUCGCCGUCGCUGCCGCCGCCCUGUCUGCGGACACGCUAAAUGCAAAUGAACAGCAGAUUGUGGUGGAGGCGAGGGCGCUGGCGAGUUCCGGAGGCGGACUUGGGCUCGGAGUCGGUGUUGGUGUCGGAUCGGUUGCGGUGUCAAAUCGAACUGCUGGCAGUUCAACGGAAGCGCCAAAAACCGAGAGACAACAGCUCGUGAAUAACAACAAUUUAGCGGGAAGUGGUGUCGGAGUCGGGAACAUUGUGGCUGAGGCAGCGAUAAGUACGCUACAAUUGAACGACGUCCACGACGCCGACGCUGACGCUAACGCUGCUGCUGAUGAUGAUGAUGAUGAUGAUGAUGUGGAUGAGUCGCUGCUGCGUCGGCGUCACCAGCACAGCCACGAGGCCGAAGUCGUUGAGUACUGCGAGGUGCUCGAGUCGCUGCCAGUCAGCGAAAUGUUGUCGACGGGAGCACAACACAUCGGCCCUAGCGUCAGCAAUAGCAACAGAAACAGCAAGCAAGCUCCUAGAGGGAGUGCCGCCAGCGGAAACAGUUGCUGUCGGAGUCGCAGCAGCAAAGCCCUGUCCAUGGGGGCAACAGAAUCCACGGCCGCAGCAGCGGCAGCGGCAGCAGCAGCAGCAGCACCAACCAGCUCCAAGCGACGCUGCUGCAAGUGCAAGUGCCGGGACGCCCUGAGGGGCUUCAGAGAUAUGCUCGACUCCAGCAAGGAUAAGAAGGAAAGCAGCACAUCAUCGUCAUCCUCCGCGGUGACCAGCAGGAAAUCUCGCACGGCAGAUCGCCGGUCGACGCCACCCACUCUCAGUGGGGCCAGCGGAAGCGGCUUGGGGAUUCCCCAGCAGCGGCUGCAGACACAGAGGAAACGGAACUCCGUGGCGGUGCCAGAGCCAAGUCAGUUGGCGAUUUGGACAGCCCCGGCGAAUGGUGAUGUCAUCAUCCGAAUCAGCUCGCCGCAGUUUGUGGUGGAGUCACCCAAUGCCCGGGUAACAGUGGGCCCCAACAUUCGUCUGGUCACGGAGCCGGCGCCGGCACCGCUUCUCCCACACCUGCAGCAGCAGCAGCUGGAUCCGCAGCAGGGUCCUCCAGUGCGUCUCACCUAUGGCCGUCGCAGCGUGACCGUGCAUUCGCAGAUAGACUUUAUGCAUUGCCUGGUCCCCGAUCUGGAGCGGAUCAUCAACAGCAGCUUCUACUGGGGCAAGAUGGACCGCUAUGAGGCGGAGCAUCUGCUCGAGGGCAAGCCCGAGGGCACUUUCCUGCUGCGCGACUCGGCCCAGGAGGAGUUCCUCUUCUCAGUUACAUUCCGCAAAUAUGGAAGAUCGUUGCACGCGCGCAUCGAGCAGAGUGGCCACAAGUUUAGCUUCGACUGUCAUGAUCCGUGCGUGUUUACCGCGCCCACUGUGACGGGCCUGCUGGAGCACUACAAGGACCCAUCCUGCGUGAUGUUCUUCGAACCCUGCCUGACCAUGCCGCUGCAUAGGAGACAGACCUUCUCGCUGCAGCAGCUGGCGCGAGCCACGAUCGUCUCGAGCACCAGCUACGAUGGCAUCAAUCAGCUGGAGCUGCCGGGGCCACUGAAGAGCUACCUCAAGGAGUACCACUACAAGCAGAAGCUGCGCGUCAAGCCCUGCGAUGCCCACACACCGGCACCGUUCUACGGCAACGUAUAGUCCGCGGCCCAUUCGG